AUGGUCGACCUUAGGAUGAUAACUCUAGGAGUCUACCAGCUGAAGAGAGCCAGAAGUUAUGCAGAAGAGCAUGCAGAUUCAAUAGAUCUAACAGACCCAAAUCUCGAAUUUCCAAUACAAUCUUGUACUGAUACAAACGCACAUGACAUUAUAAGAAUUCGAUUUCAAUCAGCACAUAAGAAAUCCAGUCAAUACUACACAUACAUUCAAUUUGACCCGAAUCAAAUACUGGCUUGGUAUUGCACGUGUCGAAGUGGUCCAAGAGUAGUAGGAUGCUGUUCUCAUGUCGCAGCUGGAAUAUGGUUUCUUGGUUAUGAACGUCAUCAACUCGAGACAAAUCAACAACCUUCAUCAACCAACUUCGCAAAUCUCCAUUACUGUGAUUCAAUAUCCGACUAUGAAGACUCAUCUGACGAAGAUAACGAUGCAAGAUAUUCCUCUACACGCUAG